AUGCCUGCCGCCAAUGUCAACAAGCUGCGUGUUUAUGUCUACGAGAACGAUGUGACCACUCCUAGACAGCUUCGUGGUGGUUCCCGCUUCCAGCUCGUUGCAGCGGCGGCCAGCUUGUCAUUGGAUCUCCUGACUUGUCAACAAGGCAACAGCAGUCUUUACCACACUGCCAUUCGGAUCCUAACUACACGCCCAGUCAUCGGACGCAACUCCAACGAGUAUGGCAAGUACACGGAAAUCUUCAUCAAAAAGCUUGAAAAGGAGCUCCCCUGCAUUGUCAUUCAUGAUGUUGAAGCUGUGAAUGCGCUCACAACCAAGGUUGGACAGCACGACAUCUUUCCAGAGGAUAACCAGUUUGAACCUCGCCGCGCUGCAGUGGUCCGGCUCAACAGCAGACUUCUGCGCCAUGCAGAGGAAGCUAGGGCCAGGCAGGUAGCCGAACGUACUGACGAGUCUCGCACGGCUGUGUACAGCAUCGUUUUUCGUAUGGCUGUGACACUGGCCCAUGAGAUGUGCCACGUCUUUUCUGCCUUUUUACUUCGAAGCCCGGUCGCCGCUACCCCGCCUAGUGUCGUCUUUGGACCAUUUGGAAAUGAGGCGCAGGGCGAGGCAGGUCGAUUCUGGGAGUCUGUCAUUUUCGGUGGCUAUGUGGACAUGCAGCUGAAGACGGACGGCUUUUCUGUUGUGAUUCGGAGCUUGGACGGAGGCAUUGUUUACAUCAUCCAAGACAAGGCUAUCAAUUGCUUUCUGCGACGAGACUUCGGCAGCCUUCCUCUCUUCGAUGGAGGCGCGAUCGAGCCUGAUAUGGUGCAGCGCAAGGAUGCCGUUAGUUGGCUUAAAGAAGACAUGAAUACUUACCGUGGCGCCACCGCUGGACUCAUUGUUGCUUUUCCGCAACACUUGCGAGACGCGUUUACACUCCCACAGAUGACGAGCGAUUAUGGGGAGAGCGUGUAUGUCUCCGGUCAGGAGGUCAUGGAGUGGCUUGCCAUGGCGGGAGGUGCAGCUCCAGCGGCUGCCUGA